AUGUUUGUGUCCCUCAAAAUUUCCACUUGUCAUCGCAUUAACGAUGAGCUGAUGCUGAUGGCUCACUUAGAUUACACCUACACCAAAGAAAAUCAGUCUUUGAAGAUCAACGCGACUAAGAUGUUUGGCACUCGACUUGGUCUGGUUUUAAGUCUAGCGAUUGUCUUUAGUAUGAUGGCUGUAUCAAUUUUUGGCCAGAAUAUUACUGAAUUCCUAUUGCACCGCCAGAGGCGAUGGUUGAUCUUCCAGAAUAGUGGUUCGAUCAAGUUCAGUAUUGGUCCAUCAAUGCCGAUACCAUUGGGAGAUCAUGUGUCCUUUCGUUCCUGUGUGCUAUCGUAUACUCUUCAAGGUGGUACUUAUUCAAUGCCCACCUCACCGAUUUGGCCCUGGGAUAAAUGGGAAUCAACUUUUGCUAGGUCUCUCAACCAGAUGAGACGGAAUAUUGAGAUCCAAACGGCCAGUGGCAAAGUGAAAUAUGCCGAUGAUGCUCGUCUUUUGGUCUAUAACGCCCUGGAAGAGUAUAUAGGUCGAAGAAAUGACGACAUGUCCAUUGGAAGGCCAUGUCUUUUACGUUCUAUAUGCGAAAAUGCUCAAAUUCAUCAUCAUGUGGGUAUAUUUUCCGAAAUUCUAAACAUUGUCUUAAGUCCAGGAAAAGCAGAUCUGGAUAUAGCAUAUCAUGAUGCCCAUACAGCCGGACGUGGGGGAGUCAAUUGUUUGACUCAAUAUGAUGCCUGUCCUCGUGGCCUAAACUUUUUGGAUGAAUUCUUAGUAGUUGAGAAUAACUGAAAGAGUAAAAAAGAUUGCUUAACAGUUCAAAUUGUUGCUUAACAAAAAAAAAAAAUGAAAAAAAACACAAAGUUAAUAAAUACGGAGUAAAUAUUGCGAAUAUAUUUUACCAAUGUCGCAAUUGGGUGGACCUUUUUAAACAUCGUUCGCGUCUAUAAUAAACUCAUCUAGAAUGCUUGCUCCUCUCGGGCAUUUCUUAAAUUGAAUUAAACAAUCAACGCCACCCAAGCCUGCUGCGUAUGCCUCUUUAUAAUCCUCAUCCAAAAGAGCUUUGCCAGGACUAAACAUAAUACAAUAAAAAAAAAGAAAAUCCAU